UUCCUUCUCAGCUCUGUUGGAGCCUGUGGUUUUGUAACAUGCUGUGCGUUUCUCUGGUGGAGGAGAGUUUUGUCAUGCUGGGGCAUUCCAGAGAGGGAAACCCUCAAAAGAAGAAUUGUACUUAAAGAGGCUCUCUGAAAGUUGACUUCAUAAUAAAAAUAACAAAAAGGGCCCAGCAGGGUUGCUUAGAAAACAAACAAGCUUUUUUAUAAGGUCUGGUCUCUCUUGCCUAUCAGCCUGAGCUCCUUAAGAUGGCAUCAAGAUUGGAUCAAAAAAGUACUUUUAAAGAUGGAAAAACUCAGUGUGAGAAGAUGUGUGUGGUACUGAACAGCCCUGUGGGAAGAAUUGAAAUCUCUGGAUGCAGUACAGGAGUGCACAGAAUCCAGUUGCAUGGCAGUGCUCUGCCACCGAGUAGCACUAUGGAAGCCUUGGUUUCUUGUGAAGUAUGUGAGGCUCCAGAGGAAAUGACAGAGCCACUGAAACAGUGUGCAGCCUGGCUUCAGGCCUAUUUCUGCGAACCCUGGAUGACAGAGAAACUGCCAAUGCCUCCUUUCCACCAUCCACUUUUGGAACAAGCUUCAUUCACCAGAGAAGUGUUGUGGAUCCUGUUGAGAGAUGUGAAAUUUGGAGAAGCAGUUUCUUACAAGCAAUUAGCAGACCUGGCAGGCAACAGCAAAGCAGCCAGAGCAGUGGGAGGAGCCAUGAGAAGCAAUCCUAUCCCGAUUAUAAUACCGUGCCACAGAGUGAUUUGCAGCAGUGGACAGGCUGGCAACUACACAGGAGGAAGUCAUCUGAAAGAGUGGCUUUUGUCACAUGAGAAGCUUCAGAAGGAAAAGUUAGCAUAUUGAUGCAGUUCAGGCACAGCUGUUAUACAGCCAAAACACAUAACCAAAGAUACUUGGCUUAUAACAAGCUUUCAGAACACACAGUAGAAUUCAGGAAAAUGGUAAAUAUUUGAGUGACAUAUAAAUAUAAUACAACAUCCGAAGCGAAAUGUGUGGUGGCACUACUAUAUUAAAAAAGCUGAAUGUGUCCUAGGGGAUACAGCUUGUAUGCCCUUUCUUGUUUUUACAUUUUACAGCAGAAUGAGUACAGCGGAUUGUGCCUGUUGUGCAUGUAUUUUGUUCCCAUCUCCAGCGCUGUUUUGUUCUAUUUUUAAUGUCCAUUAAAGCAAGGAUAAGGGAGUGGGAGGGGCAUGGCAAAUGUUAGAUGCAACUGCCCCUCUAAGGAAGCAUCUGGCUCGCAGAGGGGACAGCCGGGAAUCCGAAGCCUUUGCGUGUAUUCGGAGAGCAAAAUUAAAUGCAUAAGCUUCAACACACACCUCCCCCUGUUCCUGCCUGGAUUUGUAUUUGUCCAGAUUGAAAAGCUUGUACCUCUGCCAGGCUUGGUGCCCAAGAUUCUCCUGUUUUCUUUGAUGUUUGAACUGUUGAAAUGAUGUUUUACGUAAACAGUUGUUAAUGAAACACACUGAAAAUCCAUUCAAAGGAAACAGCUAUUGAAUUGCCUAUUCACAGCUUUUCUUUUCAGAUCACUGUAGAUGGCUUAACAGAUAUGAAUAAAAAUAUUUUGUCUCUAUUAACAUUGCUUGCUGUCAGCGGAAAAAAUAGAUGCUGAUAAAGAAGUUUAAUGGCAAAAUAAAUAUUUUUAUAAAACUGUGUCACAAUACCUUUUGCCAGAAUUUAGAAAUAUAAUUCUUUCCAAUUCCAAUCUUUCCAGUUCCUCUCUGAUCAGCAGUGCUUAUGUCUUUGAUUUAGCAUUUGCUUUUCUUAGUUUUCAUAUUUACACAUAUAUUAUACAAUAUUCUAGAUCAUAAGAGACAAAAUUAUAUGUUAUAUGAAACAUAGUGCUAUCCAAAGAAAAUAUAGUCAAAGGAUAUUGAAGCAAAAAAAUCUCUCUUUUUUUAAAAAGAAACUCUGUGAAAGUAAAAUAUUACAAACCAACAGAAACUGAAAUUUUCAGUGUGGGAGUAAUAAAUCCUAAUAUGGAAAUCCUGAUUGUAAUGUUUUUGUCACGUUCUUGUAGAUGUCACUUUAGAAAACUCAUUGCUAACAAAACAUACUGUUUGUUACAAUGUAUUACUACACUACUGUGAUAUUAGAAUUAUGUUAUUAAAAGUUGUUAUACAAGUA